AUGACUGGACUGGCUGUCAAGAAACCUGAUAGAUUAAUAAUUAGAGAGACUGUUAAGAAAGCCAUCCCGUGGCCUCUAUUAGAUUUGAGAGUGGAAACAUGGUCGAAGUUCUUCAAUGAAGCUGUGGGAUUCACACUCAAUCAUCUCUUCAAUCCUUACAUUAGUUCAGUAAAUUAUGUGCUUGCUAUGUACGUUGUCCCAUAUAUGGGACUCACAACAUAUGUUGGUGCCAAUCUUAAUAUAACCUCACAAGCUGGAAAGCAACUGUUAGCAGGUCUACUGGGAGUGGAAUCUGGGCAGGAUGCAGUGAUACGUUACUGGCUGUAUGAGAGAGCAGAGCACAAGGUUUGUCCCUAUCACUUCACUGUUGCAGAGUUUACAGCCCUCAUAUCGAAGCUUAAAAACUGUAUGGGAAAGACAGGAAUUGUGGAUGAAGGAAUCAUAGUUCCUCCAGAACUUGGUGCAGAAGGAAGAGUGAGUGGUAACAUUCUGUCUGCAGAUGUGAAUUCUUUGUCUCACAGCAGAACUCCACAGCAGACCUUGAGGAUUUUGUAUAGCACAGGAAAUGAAUCGAAGCCUGGUGGGUUUUACCUAGAUGGAGCCAAUGGGUAUGUUGUACGCAGCUAUCUGUGGCAUUAUAAUUAAGGCUGCUUAAUUGUUAAAUAUCUAUAAGUGAAAAAAUAAAGGAAAAAAGAAAGACCUAACAAGAGUAGUAUCCAAAGUAGACAUUUCUCCCUGUUUUAUUCUUUGAAAGAGGUCGUUGUUUAUUUUAGAAUAACUCUACCUGGUAGUAUUACAAUUUUUAUUUCAAAGCUCCCAUUUAGCAUUGAAUAUGUCAGUUGCAUUUGCUUAAAAGUUUCUAAAUCCUCUUCAACAAAUCCAUUCAGUGUAUAUCCCUACAGUCAUUGCAAUCCAUGAGAGGAAAUCCCUUUGAACUAUUUUUUCAAAGGUAUACACCCUAUUUGUGCAUCCAUAUUUUACACAUGGAUGUCUAAAUGGUUGUGCGUCCAUAUUUUACACAUGGAUGUCUAAAUGGAUGUCCAUAAGUUGAUUCAAGGUUCCCACUUUGGCACUGAUAGGGAGGAUGGUGACUUUAAGCAGUGAAUUACAUUUGCUUGAAAGUUCGAUAAAUCCAUUUUUUCAAUAAAUCCAUUUUAUGCAUAUCCUGUGAUCCUUGCAUUCCAUAACAUGACAUCUCUAUUAAUCAGUCUUUCAAACAGUUCAUGUGCUUUGUCUUGGCUUUACUCUUGUGUUCAAUUAAAAGCUUCUGAAAGUAUUUCAGAAAUUCCAUUGUAUAUAUUGCAAUCGUUUCGCUCCAUGAUAUGACAUCUAUCGAAUAAUUUAAUGCAUUAACCUAGCUUCCCAUGCACUAAUAUUUUGGGUAGUUAUCAGUUCCUGGCGUGGAACUAAAUCGAAGGCUUAUCAACUAAUUAGUGAUUAAUCUGUGCUCAAACAAUCAAUUGAAAUUUAAGGAAUUUAAUUUUUUUUUAAUAUUGGUUCUUUGUUUGUUAACUGUGUCAGUUAAAGUUGCACAUUUUUAGGUGAAACUUGGUUGAAUGUUUUUAUUGUGGCACUUUCUGAUUGAACUUCGAUUUGAAUCUGUAAAUUUUCAAUAAGGAAAGGAUCUUUUAUAGUCCACGAUGCCAGCCAUUGGGUAUGGGUCCAUACCUUACCCCUUGUAGGAUUUGAACAGGUGACACAAGUUCUCCACCACUAGACCAACUUAGGCUCUACAUGUGUUACAAGACAAAAGAAGGCACUAAUAUUAAGGUUUGGGGUCAUGAGAACAGGUAUGUUGCAGACUGUCAGAAGCUCCUGUGAAAAGGUGCAGAAACCUAUACAGGUUUGGACAGUUGGUUAUUAUGGUUUUACCUAUGUUGACGAGUUGAUAUAUAGACUACAUUUGCCUUAAUAAGUAGCAGCAGGUGCUUGAGUGUAACUUUGACAACUGUCUUUAUAGACAGAAUGACACUUUUUCUUUGUAAUAUAACUAUUCUUGCCUACUUUCCCAUUUGGAACAAUAACAUAAGGUUUAGGUCUUAUUGUUGAUGUUCACUUUUGUCUUUUGGCAAGUCUUAAAUUAUACAUUAAGCAGCAUAUUAAGUAUAGAGAAUGAUAAUCAUUUUUGAGUGUUCAACACUUCUAAAUCUAGAAAUGUAUUUUUAGUGUGACCAUACACCUUAAGCAACAUAUUAAGCCCAGAAAACAUUAAUCAAUUCUGAAUGUUUAACACUUUUAAGCUUAGAAAUGUAAGCUUAAUGUGUAUGAUUUAAGGCAUUCCCUUUUGCUAUACAAAUGCAAAAUGACGAACAUGAUCACGUCAGAAUGGUAAGUUGUUUAUUUUUCCUUUAGGCUAGUGUGCAAAUAGAGUUUAAAGCCCAAAUCCAUGAAAUGAAACUAUAUAAAGUCAAUUAAUUUGAAUGUUGGGCUCAGAAUCAUUUUAAUGUUUGUCACAGUUUUGAAAUCCAUCUCUGAGUUUUGAUUGAACAUCAUUCAAGUAGUCUAGGGGAGCCAAACCUAAAUUAUUUUGAUUGAAUGUUGUCAUGAAAGGGUACAGUUAUGACUUGUGAAUCUUUUAUUGACUUGUCUGUGAAUGAUGGCUCGUUGUAGCAGCAGAAAAGGUAAUUAGCUUUGUUAAUCAUUUUUGAGUGUUCAACACUUCUAAAUCUAGAAAGGUAUUUUUAGUGUGAUCAUAUAUCUUAAGUAACAUAUUAAGCACAGAAAAUGUUAAUCAAUUAUGAAUGUUUAACACUUCUAAACUUAGAAAUGUAAGCUUAAUGUGUAUGAUUUAAGACGUUCCCUCUUGUUAUGCAAAUGCAGAAUGACGAACAUGAUUACGUCAGAAUGUUAAGUUGUUUAUUUUUCCUUUAGAAUAGUGUGCAAAUAGAGUUUAAAGCUCAAAUCCAUGGAAUGAAACUAUAUAAAGUCAAUUAAUUUGAAUGUUGGGCUCAGAAUCAUUUUAAUGUUUGUCACAGUUUUGAAAUCCAUCUCUGAGUUUUGAUUGAACGUCAUUCAAGUAGUCUAGGGGAGCCAAACCUAAAUUAUUUUGAUUGAAUGUUGUCAUGAAAGGGUACAGUUAUGACUUGUGAAUCUGUUAUUGACUUGUCUGUGAAUGACGGCUCGUUGUAGCAGCAGAAAUGGUAAUUAGCUUUGUUAACAGAAUAUAUAUAUAUAUAUAUCUUAAAAGUUACAAAUUUUAUCUCUAACAGAAGAAUUUUAACAUCCAGAGAUCAAAAAUUGCUUAUGGAACAAUUUAACUUAAUUUUCUAGCUUUCACAUCUCUAUAUCCAACAGGGCAUGCUUGGGUAUUUUUUAAGGAGUUGUUUGAAAGACAAUCUUACUUCAAGAUUAAGCUCACAUUAACAAAUUAAUACCACCAAAUGACCAGGCAAGUAACCUAAACUGUACCAGAGCAUUGUUUACUUCAAAGCCUCAUCAUGGGAUUGAAUCUUGGGGUAUAAAAUUUGAACAAUAUUCAGGCUAAAUAUAAAAAAUGGACAACUAAUUUAACGAGGCUUAGAGAUUACACGUCUAGUAGAUAUGCAGAAUGCUUAAGUUUCUCAGGCAUUAAAAGGGAAAUACAAUUUUUUGCUUGAAAGCUUGCUAAGCAUUUGUUAAUAUAAAUGUUUGAAGCCUAUCAAAGUACUGUUCUGAGAUUCUGAAUCGGGAAUUGUUCAGUUUACUCUCUGACCUUCAUCUCAAUUCUAUUGGUGAGGGGAAACAUUAAAAUAAUAAGGAAAAUUUACUUCAAUUUAAAACAAUUUAAUUAACAUAAUUAUAAUCAUUUAUGCCAAUGAAAAUUGAUGAAACUCUCAUUGAAUUAUCAUACUUUUUGUCCAAUUAGCUGUGUAUCUUAAUUAAGACUAAGUGGAAAAAGCAACAGAUGGUUCAUUUUGUCCAUGGAACACAAAAAAAUAUGUGAAGUAAGCACUCUCAACUGUAAUGAUUGAUGAGCCUUCAUCAUUUGCAAAGCAACAAAUCCGAAAGAAUGUUGAGAUGCAAUGACAGAAGAAUAUGAAUCAAUCCUAAGAAAUUAAACAAAUUAGAGUGGACAAAUAAAAGGCUAUAUCGGUUUACAAAAUGUAUAAAAAGACAUGCACAAGAAGAUUACUAAGAUUUCAUGUUGCAAUCUAAUGUUUUGUUCAAUUUUUGUGACU